CACCAUUCUGAACCAAACGUCGAAGCACAAGGCAAUUGAACCCAACGCCAAAAGAGCCGUCGUUUUUCUAACACUCAAUACAAGGGCAUUUUCAAACAGCCCAAGUCCGCUGCACAGUGCAUCCCACACAUCAUCUAAAUCUAUAGCCAUCAAGAACGAUCCCACUACCAUCAACGACCCUCAAAGCCAUCAAUACAGCUCAACAUGGCAAACGAUCAAUUCCCCAUCACAUCACAAACCUCACUCACAAUCUACUUCGGCUACGGUUCAAACCUCUGGCUCCACCAAAUGAGUACCCGCUGCCCAACAUCCAGAUACCUAGGCGUCGCCCGCCUACCCAACUACCAUUGGAUUAUCAACGACCGCGGCUACGCGAAUGUCGUCGAAUCCUCCAAGCAAAACUCGACCUCCAAGUCUUCUUACUCUGACGUCGUAUUCGGCCUGGUCUACUCCCUUUUACCAGAAGACGAAAAGAGACUAGACAAGAACGAGGGCGUACCAGUCGCCUACACAAAAGAGAUGCUCACGUGCGAUUUCUGGCCUUCGAACACGGAGCACAAAGUUGAUACUAGCAAGCAUCCGGAGAAGAAAGAGUCUAUGCUCGUUUAUAUUGAUCGGAAUCGUGUUACGCCGGAUAAGCCGCGCGACGAGUAUGUUUACAGGAUGAACCAGGGCAUCGCUGAUGCCAUCAAGUUGGGGGUACCAGAGGGCUAUGUGAGGGACGUGAUGAGGAACUACAUUCCGGCCGAGGAGGAUGGUGAGGGGAAGGAGGGGGACAGGGAGAGAAUGGCGGAGUUUGCCAGGGGGCAGGCGGCAGAGUUUAGGGAUGAGAGUGGUGUGUUUCAAUAACAUGUCGGUUUGGUCAUCACGUCACACGCUAGGAAUAGAAUAGAGAAGGUAUUGAAUGAGUUAACAGACUAGACCACCCGAACAUGAAGCAAGACAUGCAUCACGCGACGAUGCACAAUGUAACGAAACUCAUGGCAAUCCAUGUCCAAGCAAUGAAGCGGUAUCAAGCUAAUGACUUUCUUCGAUGG